AUGUUACGUCAUCGGAUACCUCCCUGCGUGGUCCUUGCUACAUCGCUUCAGCUUCCUAUAAGCCUAAAAGAGAAAGUGGUCCCAACGUCAAAAGCGCAGGAAGAACGGGAAAUGCAGAAGGAUGCAAGGUCCUUCGGAAGUUGGCUGAGUUCCACAUUUGGACAGCUCCAGCGUGCGGAAGAAGCUGCUUGUGACUUCACUUCCCCACAUCUCGGCAUUACGCAAAGUCGUGAGAAACUGGGGCGUCGCGUCAUGGCUGCUUGGAGCUACUGA